UUCUCUGUAAUUAAAGGGUUUGUAACGUGGGCGUUGUACGGCAAUUACCGUUAAGCGGAUUGUAGUUUACACACUCUGUACGAGGUAUACACAGGAACUAAGCUAGAACUAAAUGCACAUUCUUAUGGUACGUUUUCAUUUUCAUUUUCAUUCGCAUUCGCCGACAGGCGUUAUUGUUAUGACCCACUGGCAUUGCCACCUGUCUCGCUCUCUGCGCAUUUUCACACUUGUAAAUCAAUUAAUUUUCCAUCUUAUUGUGGUUGUUGUUGUUGCUGCUGUGGUUGUUGUUGUUGAAAUGGCCACUGGUCACUUGGCUAGUGGACUACAAACUACCACUGUUUCUGCUACCAUCACCUGCUGGUUGGUUGGUCAUUUAGCCUAAGCGCCGGCUAAGCUUAAAUGCUCAACUGCUGGCCAAGGAUUGUGAAGCCUCUGCAGUGCCCAACUCAAAAUCCAAAGUGUGUGUUCAGUUUCGGUGUGUUAGUAGGGAGUGUGUGUCUGUGUGUGUGGGAACUUUUGUUUCCCCCUUUGUUGUUUUGAAAGCAAAUUGUUGGCCGUAAAUGUUGGUUAUUGUAGUUGUUGGUCGUUGGCUGGAUUUUCUGAUUUGCUUGAGCGGCGACCGUUGAAAUGUAAUUAAUACCUGGCCCACUUGGUCCCACACAUUCGGGGUCAAUUGUGUGUAAAGGAGCCUCCGCAAUGCGGUGGCCAAAAGGUGAUUAUUAUGGCUCUAUAGGCUGGCCAGGGUUAAGGACCCCGACGGAUUAAAAUUGGGAGUUUAAGCCAUGAAAGGAAUUUUAUUUCCGACAACAGGGGAUUUUAAUGAUUGUUCAUGACGCUGAAAUAUUGCAUUACAUUUUUGUUCACUAAUUAAUUUGCAUAUUAUUGUUACCAAUUUUCAAUUCGGUUUUAAUAUUCUGGUUGCCAAUAAAAAAUUUCCUUCAUUAGGCAGGCUUUUCACAAAAUGUUAAAAUUAAAUUCGGCACAUAAAAUUUAAAAUUUUUACAAUUUGUGUGUUAAUACCACGAGUUCCUAUAUUUAUUACUUUAAAUUACUUUAAUAAAAUUUUAAGUAAUAACUAGAGUAUUCAUUUAGGUAAUUGACUAACAAAAUCACAUUUUUACACAAAUAUGUCAGUAAAAUCAUUGGAAGUCUCACCAAGUGGCCCCUUAAACUUCACAAAAAUCAACAAUACGCAAGAAAUUAUAGUAAGAAAUAUUUCCAAAAAGUCGGUAACCUAUAAGCUGCAGAGCACAGUGCAUGGAAAAUUUUCAAUACGACCCCGUUGGGGUGUCCUGAAGCCCAUGGAGCACUCGCAUAUCCUCAUAACCUUGUGCAAGGAUGUGGAGCUUUCGAGAAAGGACCGCGACAAAAUAUUGGUCGUGUGCAUGGCGGCGCCCAUCAAUGCGGUGGACUUCGACAUGACCUCCUCCUUCUGGCGCCACAAUAUCUGCUACGAUCCGAGUAUCGAGAAGCACCAGCUCACCUGCCGUCAAGUUGAUGGUGCAGCGGGCGAUGGCGGUGCAAAGGACCCCGACAAGGACGAUCUAAGGACACGCAGGGGGAUUUUCACCUCGAUACCCAGUAUACGGACUCCAAGCAGAUUCUGGCGGUAGUUUUCGAUUGUUACCCUUCGUUACCCUUCCUACCAACUUGAGUGUCAAUUAUCCCGCCCGACUGUUUGGCCCUAAUGCCCGCAAUGACUAAGUAAUUGGUUAGCAAGCCCUACCUUGUAUUUCCGUGCGCCUCCUAUGGGCCAACAUUGUUGAUGAUGAGCCUUCAUUAAAAACUAAGAGCUUGUCUAUCUGGCUGGGUAUCAAGUGGCUCGAAGGAUGCUCAAGCAUCCUGGCAGCAUGAAGUGCGUUUACCCCACA